AUGUCGGAACUCAAUUUCACACUGUUAUUUUUAUUUUUGUUGAAGCAGUCCUUCCUAAGGCCCAGCCUGGCAUCUCUGCAGAAAAGGAGCACCACCAGGACCCCUGAGGGACAAGUCAGCACACCAGACAGGCACAAAACCGACCACCUGCAGCCUGGCACCCCUGCUGGAAUCAUGGGGAGCAAGCUGGUAACGUGUUCCCAGUGUACCACAGCCUGGCUGACUCCGUUCCAGUCUCUCAACAAGACAUCUUUCCUGUCCCAGGAAACCAGCAACACAUCCCAGGGCCUCAGGGACACGAGGGCACCCAUCUCGAUGCUCCGCUGGCUCUUGCUUCCCUCAAGCCUCCUGGCUGCAGCCACGCUGGCCCUGAGUCCCCUGCUGCUAGUGACCAUCCUGCGGAGCCAGCAGCUGCGGCAUCAGCCCCACUACCUGCUGCUAGCCAAUAUCCUGCUUUCAGAUCUCGCCUACAUUGUCUUCCACACACUCAUCUCCUCCAGCAAGCUGGGUGGCUGGGAGCUGGGCCGCAUCCUCUGCGGCAUUCUCAGGGAUGGCGUCUUCGUCGUCUAUCUCAGCACCAUCCUGUCCUUCACAGCCACUGUGCUGCAUGCCUACCUGGCGGUCACUCAUCCUCUGCAGUACCUCUCCUUUUUGUCUGGAAGGGUCACAAGGAAGACAGUGGCCCUUAUCUGGCUGGUGGCCUGUUUCUUCCCCACAUUUCUCCUUUGGUUUGCCAAGCGGCAGGAUGCCAAUCUGGAGGUACAAGGGUCCAUGUGCACCCUGCCUCUGAACCUGGACAUCAAGCAGAAUCAUGGCUCCCUGGUCACAGUCACCCACACCUGCACCCUGUGUGUCCUCUUUCUUUGUGCAGCUGUCAUUACCUACUGCUUCUGGAGGAUUUAUGUAGAGGCCAGGCCUUCAGGCGUCUGCACUCAAGGCUACUCCCGAGCCAGGGGCACCCUGUUCAUCCACAUGGUGCUGAUCACACUCUAUGUGGGUGCAGGUGUGGUGUUCGCCCUGGACGUCAUACUGACCAAGUACCACCACCUCAGUGCCAGCACUCACACAUGGCUCCUGGCAGCCAACAGUGAGAUAUUCAUGAUGCUGCCCCGUGCCAUGCUCCCAUACCUGUAUAUGCUCCGAUACAGUCAACUGCUAGGGGUGAUCCGGAGGCACUUCUCAUCCAGGAGGCAGGGGAACAUCUGCACCAUUUCCCAGGGCUACCAAGCCUACAGUUUGGCAGGAUGAUGUCAAAAAUUAUAUGUCAAAGGCACAUUCCACUCUUUAUGGGGAGCUCAAGGGAUGAUUUUUAACAUGUCAGUAGUUGUUAGUCAGAGAAAGCUAUCUUGUAAUAAAAACUCAGCUUUAGAAUAAAAGCAAGUAAAGGUUAUCCAACCAGGUACGUUGGAUAGUGAAGAUAUAAAUAAAGAUAUAGAUAUCAUCCCUUAUAGAGGGCAGCAGCAAGAUCAGUUCUAAGAGGGCAAGGCCUUGACUGGUGACCCUGCGUGGCUUCUUCACGAGCUUCACUGCUAACAAACACAGAAGCCAGAACAUUCUGUGAGCUAAACCUGGAGAGGUCUCAGGUAGAUCUGUAGAUUCCUGAGAUUUAGGCCUCUGCUCAGACAGCUGCUCAGGGUAAGGGAGUGCCAAGAGGACCUGCGCAGGACUUGUUUAAGUGGGAAGUGUCACAGAGACACCACUAUAGAACUGAAAUUGCAAAGUAUUAUCCUCAGCACAAGCAAAGAUACAAGACAUUGAAAGGGUUUUUGCCGAGGCAGGAUACUGUAGCCUGUAAAGCCAAAGAGCUCCUCUCUCCCCCUCCCUUAGGAAUCUGCUCCUGGCGCCAAAGACCAAUGGGCUACCUGUGCAUCCCUAAUGGCCCCCUUAGGUUCCACCCAAGCCAAGGCUACUUAUGUGCCUCACUCCACGUGUUCCACGGAAAGAUUGCAGGCUCCGGGUGGAAAUGUCAUGCCCCAGGGUGUUGGGGGUAUCUCUCCCCACAUUCCCAGAAU